CGUUUUCCACAUUGCCGCCACGAUCUCCACAGUAUUGGAUGAAAGUACUCGAUGUUUAGGUUCACGUGUUUGUUCAUGAAUGAAAAUUUUCAAAAUUCAAAAAUGUUUUUUUGAAGAAAAAUAAUACAGGAUGGAAACCCUAAUAUUGUCAAAUCGCUUAUAUACGGAUCAGGAUGAGUCUGAUUCCCCAAGUGGAUCCAGUGCAUCCAGUGCAUCUCCACUUGAAAAUUUUAGUCCAGGAACCUCCCUAGAAGAUAUAAUAAGUUAUCAAAGUGAUACCGAAUUCUUAAAUUAUUGCCCAGGAACUUACCCCACAUACCUAAAUGAAAAUGGGAUGCCAGAGGAUUUUAGCAGUUUGUCAUUUUUUGAUGAGAACAAUCAUUUGAAUCAGCAACAAACACUACCUCUGCAAUUGGAUAAUCUCUGUGAUACCAUAAAUUAUAAUGCAAUGGGAUAUUUUUCGGAAGAUAUAGAGCCAAGGAAACCAUUAUUAAGCCCUAUCUGUGAUAAAGUAAAUUUUAGUGCCGUAAGCGACACGUUCAAUGAGCAGAUUAUGGAUCAAUCAGAAACUUUGGAAGCCAGCUAUAGAAAGGUUUUUAAAGAUGAUAGUUUUCUUGAUGCUAUGGGAAAUUUUAGUGAUGAAACUAAUGUAGAUAGACACGUAGAUAAACAACUAAACUCAUCCAAUGUGAUUCAUUCUGAUGUAGAUCACAUUGAAGAAGUUUUACCAAGUUUAGAAGAUAUAAGCAGUAUCUUGGAGCGUGAUGGUUUGAGUGAUAUAGUUACGGAAUGCAUGAAUGAUCAGGCAACUCUCCAGAUGGUCAACCAAAAGCAUGAUGAAGAUACUCAAAAUACCAGUUUGUGUGGAGCAGGUACAAUUGCUGAAGAUAUCCAACAAAUGAUCACACAAAAUGUGAAAACCGAGCCACAAAUGCAUCAACCCAAAAUCGAAGCCUACAAACGAACAGCCCCUAACGUCCUCUUCAAUCCUAAAGUAGCGGGACGAAAGAGGAUCGAUUGGAAAGCCCAAAAAUAUAUUAUCGACAAUGACGACGAAGACAAGGAAAUCGAUAUUGUGACUGUGACCAAAGAGGAUGAACCUGUGAUCGAAGCCAACGAUGUGAACAGCCUUUUGGAACAGUUCGAAUUGAAUCAAAGCAGAGAAGGUAGCACCAAAAAAAUAAAAAAGAGUCCAAAGGAAAAUGUUUCCGGAAUCAAGAAGGACAAAUCGAGCCAUAAGCUGAAGAAGCAUAAAUUGAAGGAGACCAUCACCAGACCUGAAAAAGGUCGUUUGGCCAAACUGUCUGAGAAAAUGUUCGAGAAAAUGAAAAAUAGUUGUUUGGAGAAAAAACCAAGUCACAAUAGUGUUUCCCACAAAAGUGAAGGAAAAAGAUUGCCGAAACCAGAGUGUUCAAAACCUAGUGAAAAAUUGAAUUCUUCAAAAUCGAACGAUACACAUGAUUUGAAAAAGAAGAAAUCUGAAGAAGUCAAUGCACAAUCGACAAAGAAGAUACAUAACAGCCAUGACAAACAGGGUAGAGAUAAAAACCGGGAGAUGAAAAAUCCAAAAGCAGAGAGUGUGAAGGUGAACUGUAAGCAAGCUAGUCCGGAAGCUAAAGUGGAAGUGCCUAAAGAACUGAUUGGAAAAAUAAAAGAGGGGAUCAAACCUCGCAAAGUGGUUCUAUUGGAGGAUCCACAUCUGUUUGGGAAUUUCGGUUACGAUAAGAAGAAAAGUUCUAAGCCUCGAGUUUCCGCCAACAAUUCGAGUAAAUCCGCAUCCCCCAAAUCGGAUUCGACCAACGAUCCAUCCAAGAAGCCUGUUGGAACAUCUAACAACAGCUCAACACAAACAAACGGUUCAGUGAAAUCAAGACUUGCCAGUUCUUUGGCUAUCCAACCAAUUUCAAACAACCUUGCCCAGAAGCCAGCAAUCAAUAAACCUUCCGCUGUACCUGCAGCUCAGAAACCCAUCAAUCGUAGUUCUUCUAGCUCUACUUCAAUGCAAUCUAGGGCUCCCAUUGGAAGUGGAAAAAUGGCUCAGAAGCCUGUGAUUAAUGGAUCGUCUGCAGUUCCACCAAGACCCAUCAGUAAUCAUCAUCCAACAUCGAGAGCUGAAAGUUUUUCUGCGAAAACUGCCAGGCCUAUGGGUGGCAAAAGGUUAUCUCCACCCAAGCUCGUUCCAAUCAAACCAGUCGUACAGGCAUGUGUUCAGUCACAUCAAAAAAUAGAAAGGCAAAUGUGGCAACACAUCAAUUUAGACCACAGUUAUCACAGAAGGAUCGUCAACCCGAACAUGCACGAGAAGGAAAAUUCGCACUCGAUCGUCAAAAUUGAGCCUAAAGUUGAGCCAGGACAAAUUCAGACCAACGAAUGGAAUUUGAAGGGGGCAAACGGAAAAGUACUGUGCAACAGGAUUUCAAAUAACAAAGUCAAAAUGGAAGUUCCGAAUGAAAGGGUGGAAGAAUCGAAAGACAUUGUCAAAGAAUCCAUCAAACAGGAGGUUAAAGCGGAACCGUCAGAUAAAGUCACCAAAAAGAUAUGGAAAUACGAGGACUACAUAAAGAAAAAAGGUGUACCGGCUAAGAGCAACGCUCCUUCUGAAAAUCGUAGCCGAAAGUCUGACAGCAGCUCCCACGAAGAAUGGGUCAAAAAAAUGGGGUUGGUUAUCCACCCGCAAGUUCCGGAUGAUUUGUUAGUGAUAGAGACAUUCGAUGCAGCGGUCAGCGCCUGUUUAGUUGAUGAGAAAGCCCUCGAUACAUUAGCUGGCAUCAAUCCAAUCCUCGAGAAAUCCAACGCCGUCAUCAGUCAAAAUUCGUUCAUAAAUUGUUUUAAGGAAACUUUGAACAAUAAAAUCGAACCUGAAGGAACUCCGGACGGUGUUAUACGUGAACAUAAAGUGAUCAGAUACGUAAAAAAAGACGAGAAGAAGCCUGAAAUGUGCAGUAUGGGAGUGCAGACUACUAUUUCUUUGAUGGAGAGUAGGCCCAGAAAAAGGAGUUUGAGCAUCUCAAGUGUUAGUUCCGAUGAGGAUUACGACAGAUAUAGUGUGGAUUCAAGGAGCUCCAAACAUUCAAGAUCGACCAAAAGAUCCAGAUCUUCCUCGAAACACUAUAGGUCUAGGACUCGUUCGAGAUCUCCGUUACAUCUAUACAAUCCCAAUAUUGAAUUACCGACAACGUUUAGGUCUAAGGCGGAACACGAUGAGUUCAGACAGGACGCUAUAAACAGAUGUAUAGUGUUCCUGGGCGAUAUCACCGAAGAGCACGACGAAGAAACGUUAACGAGGUUAUUCAUCAGAUACGGACACAUCAAAAGGGUGAAGAUAUAUCAUAGGCGAGAGAAGAGGAGGAGGACUAGCAAUGGACCUCAAAGCGAAAAUUUCGCUUUCGUUACUUUCUCUGACAGUAUGGCAGCUUUCGAUGCUUUGCAACUGUACAAAAGGGAUUAUCCAGAUGGACCUCAUUUCCAGAUGUGCUUUGGUGGAAGAAGAGAGUUCUGUAAUGAGCACUACUCCGAUCUAGACAACAUGCCAUCUUGGUUCGAAUAUGAGGAUAAACCUUUUGCAAGUAGGCCACAGCAAACAUUCGACAGUAUGCUAAAAGAAUACAAGCAGCAAAGGAAUCAAAUGGGUAUUUCAAGUCAAUCAUCUUCAAGGUGACAUUUUUGUGUGAAUAUUAGGUUGUUUAUAUAAGUAAAAUAUUUAAUUCAAUUGUAAAUAUAUUAUUGUGUAUAAACUAGUAGAUAUGUAUAAAAUGUAUUGAAUUUUCAAGUUUACUAUAUAAUUAUUUGUAAAAGUUGACAAACUUUGGUCCUCUGGGCUGUGAACAUUUUGUAUUUUAAAAUAAAAUAGAAAAUAAAUGGACCUAUACAAAA